ACUUUUAUUACACAAAAGCCACCCAUUAUAUUCAGUUUAAAGUUAAUCCUUUUAUAAUUUGGUUAUCAUUUCCUUUCUGUUUCAUGUCUGUUAUCUUGGCUGACUGCCAAAUUAAAGAUAAGGUGAUCCAGGUUUCGCUGACUUUAAAUGCGACAUUUGAUCGCAUCAUGCAGAACAGGGAGAGGUUUACUGGCAAACUGAAGCAUUUCUUGGCGAUGAAAUUUGGGCUUUCAGCAAAUGCCAUGAGGGAUUUCAAGUUCCGAAAGGGAAGCGUCAUUGUCGAAUUCAAGGUAUCCAGCGAUGGCGUAACUGAUAUUGAUGAAGCGGUCAACAUGAUGGAAACUGAAGUUGCUGCGGGUGGAUUCAGCUUUGAAUUUGACGGCGAGAACCUCCAGGCAGCGCACGAUUCCUUCAAGUCUAAUCCUUACGAAGUUUCACCCCCUACCACUAAACCACCAAGGAACGACCUGGUUGUGUACAUUGUUAUUGGUGUCGUUCUCGCCAUAGUGGUCAUCAUAAUCUUUGUCUCCCUGAUAUACUGCGUGUCCAAGAGCAAGAAAGAGGCAGCGAAGAAGCAGAAAUCAGAGAAUCUGGAAUUCCGUGACUACGAUGGUGGUUACGACAACAAGAAUUACAAGGCCUAAAUACACUGACUUCUGGAGGACAAAGUGACCUAUGUUUACAUACAUGGUGAUUGCCAUCCACUAUCAACAUGCACAAACACUACCUGUCUACGUAGUAUAGCAUGAAUGAUACUUAAAAUAAAAUUAACCCAUCAAGCUCUACAUUCCAUGUAAAAAUAAAUUCCAUGUUCAAAUAAACGUAUCUAUAAAUGAAUGAUGCAAGCACCUUUGUUGACAGAAAAAAGCAUGUAUCAAUAAAAACUAGCAGCAACAUGGCUCCUUGUAUGAAAUGGUAAACUUUAAUUUGUCGUCGUUUUUGCGAAGAUCAGACAGCUGAUAUAUGGCAGCUGCAUGCUAUGAUAUUGUAGACAGUGGAAAUUAUAUGUAACCUUAAGAAAAUUGAUUUAUUGGUUAUUUAGUACAUAUAUCUGUAAGCAUAGGUUGUGGGAAAUGCAUGGAUAGUUUAAUAUUCUUAUUUUAGGAAGCUUGCUAUUGAUGUAACAUUAUGAAAAGCUAUAUCACACUUGCUAUUAAGAAGGUAUAAAAUUUAGAAAGACAAGGCAUUAGCAAUGCUUUGAAAUAAUGGAGCUAUUGUAUUACUACAACACUGUCAUUGUUGGACUGCAUGUUUUCACCAUUUUAAAGAGAUUUGGCAUAGGCCUAUACAUUUUCUUGAAUGCGUCUGUAUGUUGGUUCUUCACGUACCAAUGUGUGACGCAGUUUGACCGAAACACACGUAGUCGCUUCAGGAGGCUCAUGGGCUAAGGCAGACCUGUGAUACCCGGGGUGUACAGAGAGUAGACUUUUAGGGAAAUUUGAGGAAAUAUUCAAGAAGAAAAUUGUUCACAAUUGUCCCGACUUUUAUCAGGCACAUAAUUUUGGAAAAUUAGGCUUUAAUGAAACAAGGACCCCGAAUGUCAUCCGCAAUACCAGGCAGAGGGUGCAACAAAGAUUCAACUAUAAGUACAUAUCUGCAAAUGAGAACUGUUCUCCGAAGUCCUUGGGUUCCAAAACACUUCCUCCUUGGAAUUUGUUACCUGAGACAUUGUGCCCCGACUUUACAACAUUUCAAGGAUCGCAUACUGGAGAUCGAGCUGGCUGAUCUGCUGAGAUGUAGCAAAUAAUUAGUUUGCACCGACUCCUUGCGUUGCACAAACUGUACGGUAUAGCGGAUGCAGAGAAAGAUUUUUAAUAAAGACUGGUCCUGAUCCCUAUAUGGAGCACGCGGAGUACUCCAUCGACGCGGCUGCCGCCCAAAGCAACAAAGCUUAUACCUCUUGUAAUCACCAUUCACGUUCGAAAUUUGUUGUUCAUAAAUGCACGUCAUAACGAGUGAUCUGUCAGUGUAUUGGUAUUUCAAUAUAACAAUUCGUCAACAAUGUAUUUAGGGAAGACGUUUUUUUUUGGCAGAUUAUGAACUUUAUGGAUAGAGUUUAUUAGUUUUUUUAUCUUGUUUGAAAGAAAUUAAUUUUGUGCGACAAACGUUUUUUCCAAAAUACAUACACUAUUAAACGUUUAUAUAAGCUUGCUGAAUACUAUUAUCCUUUUAAUGCACUUGAAGACGUAGCUUGCAUGUAAGAGUUACAAUAAUAUGCUAAUGUUUAAAUUCUAGGUUUGCGUUUUGUUACGUGUUAGACAGCAAUAAAAUUUGGAGCAAUUUCAAAAGCAAAACGUUGUCAAAA